UUUUGUGUAAAUCUAGACAGUAAUGCCCUGCCGAUAAUUCACGGUGCCUCGUAAAAAGUCGGCAUUAAAGCGCCCCGGGCCUACAAAUCACCGGCGCCAAAUUAUGAAUACGCUGGACUUCACCAACGCGCUGUUUUCCAAAUACCAACAAACCGCUGCGAGCCGCUCCGCUCUUAUCUUCAGAGAUUCUUCAACUUAUUCCUUCCCGACUUCCUCUGCUGCUCCUGUCGUGUCUUCUUCGUGCGCCCUCGUGUCCAGCGGAUAUCACCUCCAUGUCUCCAGUGAGAGAGACGGUGAGGAGCUCCCUCUCCCUCCCUCCUUGGUUUCUUCAUCUCCUUCCUCCUCCUCUUUUGCCCCCUCCUCUUCUUCCUCAGCGUUCUGUUUGUCUCUUUCGGGACUGAACCGCUGUAGCAGGAGAAUUCAGCCCUGUUCGCAACCUUUCAACCCCGCCCAAGUUCGCGCAGGGGGGGCAUGUAGCGUGCUGGGAGACGGGUCGCUGAGCUCCUCUCCGCAGGGAUGCACCGUGGAGCGGUUCCCCGGUCGGCCUCAGCUGUGCUCACUGACCAGACUCCCUGAGCCGGCCUGCAGGAGGCAGAGUUGGCCAGAGCAGCAGCAGUUGGACGACAAGGAGCUACGGAUUUACCCCUGGAUGAGAAGCUCAGGUGCAGACAGGAGGCGCGGGCGGCAGACGUACACGCGUCACCAGACGCUCGAGCUGGAGAAGGAGUUCCACUUCAACCGGUACCUCACGCGGCGGCGGAGGAUAGAGGUCGCGCACGCGCUCUGCCUCACGGAGCGGCAGAUCAAGAUCUGGUUCCAGAACCGGAGGAUGAAGUGGAAGAAGGAGAACAAGGAGAGCGGCUCUCCAACAGCUGGUUUACCGACGGCUGAAUAUGAAGAAGAAGAGGAAGAGGAGGAGGAGGAGGAGGAGGAGUGAUGACUCGAUUGGACACUUUAAGCUUACAGCUGCUUUUUCAACUCUUAUUUCUCGAAUUACAUUUUUACUAUAGUGAUGUAGAGAUAAAAGAAAUAAAGAAGUGAUUUUUGCCUUGCAGUCAGGUCAUCAUCCUGCAAAGAAACAUUUUAAAUUACAGGCAUUGUUAUGAGCAAUCUUUGCGCAACUUACACCAAUCUCAUUAUUUCACUGUAGAGUUUACAGUUAGAUACAUUUAGCUCAGGCUAACGAAAAGUAGAUUAGCUCAAGUGGUUAAACCACCAACUUCCACCAUGUAAACAACAGAUUUUAGAGUUGCUCAUAAAGCUAGUGUUUAGCUCCUUAUCAGAACACGGACAGAAGUCAGGCUUCUGCUUUAAAUAAAUUUCUAUUUUUUCCAUUAAUAAAAUAGAAAUAACUUAAAUGUAUUGAUGCUGAUAUGAAGUAUUAGGUUCGUCUUAAAGACCCCGCUCUAUUGCACCACAUAACCCUUCCUCUCUUGUUGAAGGCUGGAGGUCCUCAUACAGUAGUGUCCCUUAUGACGUGAUAACACCGCACCCAUCUGAUCUGCAGCAGUGGGGGACAGAAUAGAAUGAAACAGCAGCACUUCUGGUUCCUGUGGGUACAAAGCUGAACAUCAGUGUUAGCCAUGCCUACAGUAGCAGUGUGGAAUCACUUGAUUUUAGGGUUAAGCCUAUUGGAAUAUCACCACUGUGCUCCACUCAGUAUUCAAAGCAAUCACAGAUUGUCACUUUUUUUUUAUCAUUAAUUGAAUAAUUCUAUUGUAUUUUCUGUAAAUACGACCUUCAUUAUAUUCUGAAUGGGUUUUUACAUGUCGUGGUGUAUAAUUUUUGUGAAAAACCCCUCCUCAUUUAUUUAAUUUUAUUCCUUACAUCACACAAAUAUCUAAAUCAGCCUGAAAAUAUGACCUCUGUGUGCUCAAUAGUCGCUACAGCGCUGACUGUCACCAGGUUGUCUCAGUGUUUUAAGCAAGAAUUUGGGUUUGAUCAUGUCUCUGUUUGUUUAUAUUCAGUGAAAACGCUUACUCAAAGAUAAACAUUGUGUGCAAGAGAGUACACUGAGUUAAAUGGAGGGGAAUGGUUGACAAUAGUCAGCCAAGGACUUCUUGCUUGUUGUGUGUUUGUUUGUACAUGAGGUCUAGCUUUUGUAUUCUAGCUUUCUCUUGGAAUAAUUAUAUGCUUAAAUAAGUGCUAUUUGUCUUUAGUUUCUUUAUUUGCUCCUGUGUUUUCAUGUUGCCUUAGACACAGUACAUGUUCACAUUAUAAUGCACAUGUAAAUAAUAAUAAAAAAGAAACUUUAACUGGAAUGUGUUUUGUCUGUUCGUAUCCCUUUCAUGGAAUAUUUUUAGAUAGCAGCUUUAGGAUCUUCAUAGUUUUGUUGGAAAAUAAAACAUAGAAAUAAUAAGACUACAACCACUUAAAAAAAAAAAAAAGAAUAUAGACAGUUUAGGACAAGUCAUCAUUAAAUGUCUGAGACAAUAACUAUAGGAGCACUUAGUUAAUCUGGCAAUGCUCCACUUUAGUUUCCAUCUUUCAGCCAGUGUGGGAAAGAAUGAGGCAAAACAGCAAAUUCAUGUUUGGAUUAUUGUCAAAUUCCUAGAAUAGAUGUGGCAUACAUUUUAUUCAUGACAUAUCCAACAGAUGUGGGAUAUCUCAGUUUGGAUCACCCUCUCUGACCAGAGUACAUUUAUAUAGAUAUACAAAUAAAUCACACGUACAAAUACAAAUGUGAAUAAAAUUUGUGACAAAUGUUUG